CUGCCCGACCCUCGGUACCUCCGGCUCCAUGCAGCUUGCGCCCGCGUCGCCCACCUGUCAGGUGCAGCAGAGUGUAUCGCCAAAAUUUUGCGCGAGGAGGCCAUCAAGGUUUUGGCGUCUGAUGGGGGCUCGAGCUCGCUCUUGAAUUACAUACUGAUGCAUCGUCUGGGAAUUACCGCGUGA